CCGCAGUUGUGUUUCAUAACACAGUCUAGGCUAGUCUACAUUAGAAUUAAUGUUAUUAAUGUUUUUUGUCCUUGUGAAAAGACCCCGUCCACGCCUUUACCCCGCUCGCAAUAGAGGGGCACUUCUGCUUCGUGUCGACUCUAUCCCACGAGAUUUCCCUCUAGCCUCGUCCCUCACAUACCCUAAUUGAGUUGGUGUAAAAAACCUCUCUGCGGAUGUCCUGGUGCAGCUACACAGAAAUGGAUACAUGUGAUACGCUCAUGUAAAGUGUUGGUUGUGAAUAUCUUCAAAACGUGCCACAAUUCGCAGGCUAUUUAAGUGAAGGAAUAUGGUGGAUUUGGAGAGCGAGGUACCCCCUCUUCCGCCAAGGUACAGAUUCAGAGAUUUACUCCUCGGGGACCAAACUUUGCCAAGCGACGACAGAGUUCAAAUCGAAUUUUAUGUCAAUGAAAAUACUUUUAAAGAGAGACUGAAACUGUUCUUCAUCAAAAACCAAAGAUCAAGUCUGAGAAUCCGUGUGUUCGAUUUCUCUCUAAAGGUCUUAAGCUGCAUUUUAUACAUAUGCCGAGUGCUAGAUGACUCAGAUCAUGGAUAUGCAUGUUGGGGCUGCCCUACCCAAAACUAUACUCUACUAGCGAUUGACUGGGCUCCGGUGAUAUGGGUCGGAAGGAGUAAAACGAGUCUGUGGAUCUUGCAGGUGUUUGUUGCACUGAUAUGUCUUUCUGAAACAAUCUUAUUGACCUAUUUAAGCUACAAGGGUAAUAUAUGGGAGGAAAUUCUUCGGAUCACAUUUAUGUUGGAGAUGGUAAACACAGUUCCUUUCUUUCUCACAGUCCUUUAUCAUCCUCUCAGAAACCUUUUUAUUCCUGUAUUCCUGAACUGCUGGUUAGCAAAGCAUGCUUUGGAAAAUAUGAUUAAUGACCUUCAUCGAGCCAUUCAACGGACCCAGUCCGCCAUGUUCAAUCAGGUCCUCAUCCUGAUAACAACGCUCAUCUGUCUCAUGUUUACCAGCAUAUGUGGAAUUCAGCAUCUUGAACGGGCUGGGAACAAGCUAACCCUGUUUGAGUCCCUCUACUUUUGCAUUGUGACCUUCUCCACGGUGGGAUUUGGGGACGUUACCCCCAACAUCUGGCCCUCCAAGCUGCUGGUGGUCAUCAUGAUAUGUGUGGCACUGGUGGUCCUUCCCAUUCAAUUUGAACAGCUGGUCUAUCUGUGGAUGGAGCGGCAGAAGUCCGGUGGGAACUACAGCAAACACCGCGCCCAAACCGAGAGGCACGUGGUCCUGUGUGUGAGCUCCCUCAAGAUCGACUUGCUCAUGGACUUCCUGAACGAGUUCUACGCCCACACGAGACUGCAGGAUUACUAUGUCAUCAUCCUGUGCCCGACAGAGAUGGAUGUGCAGGUGCGCAGGGUCCUGCAGAUCCCCCUGUGGUCCCAGAGGGUCAUCUAUCUCCAGGGCUCAGCGCUCAAAGACCAGGAUCUGUUUCGGGCCAAACUGGACAAUGCCGAGGGGUGUUUCAUCCUGAGCAGUCGCUGUGAGGUCGACCGUACAGCUUCGGACCAUCAAACAAUCUUGCGCGCCUGGGCAGUGAAAGACUUUGCCCCGAGCUGCCCCCUGUACGUGCAAAUCCUCAAACCAGAAAAUAAAUUCCACGUGAAAUUCGCUGAUCAUGUGGUGUGUGAGGAGGAGUUUAAGUAUGCACUGCUGGCCCUGAACUGUAUCUGUCCAGCCACAUCCACUCUCAUCACCCUGUUGGUGCACACCUCCACAGGCCUGGAAGGCCAGCAGUCUCCAGAGGAGUGGCACAGAAUUUAUGGGCGUUUUUCUGGAAAUGAAGUCUACAACAUCAUACUGCAAGAUAGUGUGUUCUUCUCAGACUACAAAGGGAAGAGCUUCACAUAUGCCUCUUUCCACGCACAUAAGAAGUAUGGCGUGUGUCUGAUUGGUGUGAAGCAGAAAGACAGCAAAAGCAUUCGUCUCAACCCCGGCCCCCACUUCACCAUGAGUUGCACAGACACAUGCUUCUACAUCAACGUCACCAAGGAGGAGAACUCCAUCUUCAAAGCCCAGAGGGAGGAGAGUCAGCGGGGCAGCAGAAAGAGCCAUCUCCCCGUGCACAGCAUCCUCGCCAGCAUGGGCACUGUGGCCAUAGACCUCCAGGACACCAGCAGCAGGCCCAGCUGGGACUCCACCCUGAACCUGCCGUGCGACUCCAUCAGGAGCGGGCGGAAGAGCAGCAUCGCCCCCGUGCUGGAGGAGGAGGACACGUCCUCUCUGCACACCUGCGACCUCUCCAGCGACCAGUCGGAGGACGAGACGCUGCCCUCCUGCGAUGAUCUCUCCACCGAAGGAUUCAUCAAAGGAUAUCCUCCAAAUCUGCCUUACAUCGGAAGCUCUCCCACACACUGCCAUUUGCUGAAGGAAAAAGUCCCAUAUUGUUGCCUAAGACUUGAAAAGGAGUGCACCCAUAACCAGUAUGAGGAUGCCAAAGCUUACUGCUUCAAGAACAAGUUGGUAAUAGUGUCAGCUGAGACAGCGGGAAAUGGCCUGUACAACUUCAUAGUUCCUCUAAGAGCUUCGUACAGGCCCAAGAGAGACCUCAACCCCAUAGUGCUGCUGCUAGAUAACAAGCCAGACACCAACUUUCUGGAGGCGAUUUGCUGGUUCCCUCUGAUUUACUACAUGGUUGGAUCAAUUGAUAACCUCGAUGACCUCCUGCGCUGUGGGAUCUCUUUUGCGGCCAAUAUGGUUGUGGUGGACAAGGAGAGCACUAUGUGUGCAAAGGAAGACUACAUGGCAGAUGCCAAAACCAUUGUCAACGUACAGACACUGUUCAGGUUGUUUUCGAGUUUGAGCAUCAUCACUGAGCUGACCCAUCCAGCCAAUAUGAGAUUCAUGCAGUUCAGGGCAAAGGACUGUUACUCACUGGCUCUCUCCAAAAUGGAAAAGAAAGAGAGGGAGAACGGUUCCAACCUGGCCUUCAUGUUUCGGCUGCCGUUUGCCGCAGGGAAGGUGUUCAGUAUUGGCAUGCUGGAUACUCUCCUUUAUCAGUCUUUUGUGAAAGACUACAUCAUCACCAUCACGAGGCUUCUGCUGGGCCUGGACACGACCCCAGGAUCCGGCUUCCUUUGUGCUAUGACCAUCACACAGGAGGACUUGUGGAUCCAGACCUAUGGCCGACUGUACCAGAAGCUGUGCUCCUCUAUUGGUGACAUCCCCAUCGGGAUCUACCGCACAGAGCUGCUAGACUGUGAACCCUGUGAGGGCAGGCAGUCCCAGCUCUCCGUGAGCGUGGACGACUUUGAGGAGAGCCAGGAGCAGAAGGAGGCGCGGGAGGCGAGGGAGCACUGCUCCUCCGGGAAGAGGGUCUCGCGCACCUCCACCUCCAGCGAGACGCCCUCCGACAGCCGCCCGCUGCUGCACAGGAAGAGCAUGCAGUGGGCCCGCCGGCUGAGUCGCAUGGGGGCGCGGCCCGCCUCGCGGCACCCCGAGAGGACCAGCCAGCAGCGCACGGGUCUGCCCCCGCGCUCCGAGAGGCAGGAGCUGGCCGAGCUGGUCAGGAACCGCAUGAAGAACCUGGGCCUGGCCGCGGCAGGAUGCGAUGAAAUGAAUGAGAGUCCGAGCAGCCACUCUUACAUUCUAAUCAACCCUUCCCCAGACACCAGACUGGAACUGCAUGACAUUGUGUAUAUAAUUCGUCAGGACCCUCUAUCCUUUGAGCCUAGCAAAUUGGAAAGCAGGACGAGCAGUUUUGGGAACAGUCAGUGGAUAAAUGAGAAGACAAAAUGGGAAAGUCAGCUUUGAGGUUGUUCUAUUAUUUAUGAACAUGUGUAGUAUGAUCUUUUGUCUUGUAUACCCAUUUGCCGCUACACGAUUCCAGCACCUGCGUGAUAUCAGAUCCCUGAGAAUUGGGAUAGAUGGAAAAUAAAAUGUCUCCCUGGUGCCAGGAAGGCGGCUUCAUCCUGUAGAAGUGCAAAUAUAUUCUAGGUAUCGAGUUUAGCCAGCGUUUAGCAAUGUAUUCAAAUGUUUUAUAUCUCUAACAAAACUCUAAACUACAAAGUGGCAAACUAUUUAACACUGAAUUUGAGGUUGCCCUCACGACAUGAGUCAUUAUGAUUAAAUAAGUCAAAUUUCAUUGAUGAAUGAAUAUUCCGUUAGAUACUUCAAAAAUAAUGCGAAAUACAAUUAGAGACAGAUCAUGGCAAUAGUAUCGAUGUGCCCAUUAAUUUGAUACAAAAUGUACACACACAUUUGAUAUUUUGACAUUAACCUCAAUAAGUUGUCCUUUGUCAUGUAACUCCUUAUACCCAUAUUCUUGCAUAGCACACUAAUGUUUUUAAGAAUGACCCCCCUCUCCAGUAUGUUGUGUCUCGUCUGCCUUUUAAUUUCACACAUACGGAAGCAUAGAUAUGGCAGCUCCUAUAAAGAGGAAUACGCAGAGAUGCAUGAGACCAGUCAGGUGCUCAUCAAUCAGUCUGUCACUCAAUACAGCUCGCUUUGUUGCCUGUACUUGUAGAAGAAAGCUUUUUGUGAGGAGAUUCAUAAGAAUCACACCCAUACUGUCACAUAGCCUUCAUCACACCAAUGCUAUCUUGCUCAUUGUCACCUUGAUGUUUUGCAUGAAACAAGGACAACUUUGUGAACAGAUAGCCAAACCACUAAUAGGAGGAGAGGAAAACGGAUACAGUAUACACAGGAUGCGAUGUCUGGAACUGCCCUUUGUAAAGGUCACAUUGAUCAGUGACCACUCGUGAAAUACGAAAUGAAUGCUUCACAUUUUGCAUGCAGCCUUAUUAAGACCUCAGCAUGCAAUCAAUAAGCAUCAAGCAGCUACAAUAUAUCGACAGUGGUGCAGACUUUCGAGGCAGAGGUUGCAGUUAUAGCUCUUAAAGGCUCUCCCUUUCAGAAAUCAUUCAAUUGAUUCAUUGAUGGGAUUGGUUUAGCGCAUGGUCAAUAUAACGAAAGGACACGUCCUCCUGAUGUGGUGAUUUGUUUUAUUUGUUUGGCUGCUCUGUCUUCAGCAGCCUCUGUGCACAGCAGAUGGAGGGCAGUGCAAGCAGCGAAGCAUCAAAACCAAUUCCUUCUCUGUGUGCCACGGUAAUGUGCAGCAGCAGAGCACACUUUCACGCUAUCGGAUCCCUCUAUUGCCUUUUCUGCUAAAUUGUCUGUGUGCCAGUGUUGAAAAACAGAACAACUGUGGCACCCCACAGUCUGACCACAUGACACGCGCAUAGCAGUGAACGAGGAGAGCACACUGUAGGAGAGGAACUGCAGGCUGGAGGAGACUCUCCACUGCGAGGAGGAAACCAACAUCUGCACUCAUGCAGAGGCCAUUUGUCAAGCAGGCACUCUGAUGAAUGGGAAUACAUAUGUAGGGCGAUUCUAAUGAUCAUAAAGACCACUGCAAGGACACGGAGCUCUCUCACACCACUAUGGUACUGCUCGCUAUACUGAGUUUAGUCACAGACGAUUUUUAUUUAUAUUCAUAUUCAGAAGGAUUUUAUUCAUAUUUACACCUUAUGAGUGCAACAAAUGACAUUCUCAUUGUCAGCACCACCACCACAACUGAACUGCAUGAAAGCUGCAUGAAUAUAUUUCAAUCCUUAUUUGAAGAAUUAUACGACUGUGUAUGUAAGCACAAUUAAUUAAAUCACAUUUGAUUUGACAAUCACAAGAUCUCCAUUGAAUCACUGUUUCAACAUCCCUCCUCACGUUGAGCCCAGUGAAGUGGACAUAGCGAUGCGAUAGUAUACUGUAUGCCCAGCCUCUCCUCUCCUGAGAGGAGUACCCUAGCCGCAUGCUGCUCAUGCCCUGAAAUCCUUCGGUGAGAUGAAAGCCCUGAGCCAUCAAAGAUUCUCUCUCUGUGUGUCUCAUCCCCGACCCCGGGAGCUCCUGUGGAGCCAGAGGCGGGUUGGAGGAUCGGGUCUCAGUCGGCCUGGCCACCGCAGCAUGGGAGGGUGCCAAAUGAAAGCGGGGCGCCUCACGGGCAGAUGACGGGGAAAUCCCUCCAGGCAAUGGGGUGCCUCAACACUCCAAGUGCCCACAGCCUAUGCUGUGUCUACAGGGAGAUUCUCGCAGUUUGUAUGCUGCUUGAAUGUGACAUUACCUGUUACCAUUACGAAUUACCAUGAAAGCACGACCACAAAGUUCCUCGGUUUUCUCAGAAUUUUGUUAUUUGGAUCUUUGUGUGAUAUCACACAGUAUUACCAUAAUUUCCCAACUAUUAGCUGCGGCUUAUACACUGCUUUUGCUAAAUUUCUUUAGCUAUUAGGUUAAUACAUGGGAACAGUUAAUAUGUUAUAUGGUAUUGUUUCUUUAAUUUACAUAAAACACUGCACUGCGGCUUAUACACAAUGUGGCUUAUUCACGGGAAAUUACUAAAAUGAAAGUUGAAGUCUGAUCCUUGCUACAGUGUGUGUCAGAAACAAUCAGAAGCUAAACUCAUAACCACAAAGCAUGAUGAGCAUUUCUAAUGCUUUUAGAUGAGUGGUAAAGGUGUGGCCCCUAUCAUGAUUCAACUGUCCAUUGUGGCAUUCUGGGUGGGGAAACUCCCGGCCUAGAACUCCCUAUUUAUAUGUUACUCUGCUAUUGUAAAUAGCAAACUUAGAGGUAGCUCAACCCACCCUUCAGUAGUCCCAGAUAAAUUCCACACAGGGUUUAGUUUUUAGUUUUUUGAGGGACAGGCUAUACCCUUUUUUUAACGGUGUAGCGGCAUGCGGCAUAGGUCAUGAGGUGACAAAUCUGACAAAAAAUGUUUAUGGGCUUGAAGUUGCAUACAAUCGCUGACUGUACCUUUAAAGCCAGCAGUUGGUAACCUGGCAAUGGAAAUCUGUGUUGCUACUGUAGCCUACCUUUUUAGCCUGUUAAAAAUAAAGUUGAUUCAUUAGACAGUUGAAGGCAGUGAAGCAGCAAGCAGCUGCCUUCCUUUUCAGACACAGCUAUAGAUUUAAAAUCAUAUAGCAAAAGAAC